AUGCUAUCUCUUUACAAAGAUCAAUCUGCCAAUUGGCCUGCCUCGGGCCGCUACAUUCUAGCCCAAUUCACCCCAACCACAAUCACUGUAUACCAGGCCUACAAUCGCUUCAUAGCCUCUUAUGCCGUCCAACAUCAAACACUUGGAGGUCCGGACUUUUCCUUAACUCGCAUGACAUGGAUAAAACCCAACUUUGCUUGGAUGAUGUAUAGAUCCGCCUGGGCUACAAACAAAAACCAGGAACAUAUCUUGGCCAUCGAAUUGCAAAGAACAGUUUGGGAUGAAAUGCUGUUACAUGGAGUUGUGAGCAGUUAUGGACAGAGUAGAGCAUUUGCGAACCAAGAAGAAUGGAAUGCAGAGCUAAAGAACAGUAAAAUUAGAAUACAAUGGGAUCCUGAUCAUAGUUUGAAGGGAGGCAAGUUGAAGAGGAGAGCCAUACAAGUUGGUGUCAAACACGAGUGGAUGGACAAGUAUUUGGAAGGAAUUGUUCGUAUUGAGGAUAUCACUGAAUUUGUAAGGGAACAGGGAAAACUUGUUGAAGAAGGUUUGGUCGAUGCAGUCAUGACCCCUACUGAAACUAUUUACGAAGUAUCGGACGCUAUUAAAAUGAGAUUGGGAAUGGAUUUGGAUGAAGAAGUUGGAGAUGAUUAA